AGAAGUUGAUGGUCGCUGUGGUCGGAGCGGGGCGCUGAGUUGGCUCGGGGCCUGCGCGGGAGCCGGGUUCUGGACGGCGAGGUCUGCGGUGCUCGGAGGAGGACCACGGUGCCGGAGCGGAGCGCAGCGGAGGGUAAGGUUUCAGCGUGGUCAAGAGAGUGACUCUGUCUGACGACAGAGUUGGAUGUACCUUGUCUGAAUCAUCAAGAGCAUCGUGUGCCACAAAUAUCUGCAGCAUAUUUAUCUGGUGUUUUGCUUCUUCGUGACCUGGUCAGAUUCCUGGAGGAUAAAGAAGACAUAAGCCAAGCUACACUGAGUUCUCAGACUUCCUUGACAACAUGCUUUUGCGAAGUUCAGGAAAAUUAAACCUGGGCACCAAGAAAGGGGAUGGUGAGAAUACAGCUCCCACCCCUCGUCCAAAGCUCUUGCGAUGUAGAUGCCACCACCAUUGUCCAGAAGAUUCGGUCAACAAUAUUUGCAGCACAGAUGGAUAUUGUUUCACGAUGAUAGAAGAAGAUGAUUCUGGGACACCUGUGGUCACUUCUGGAUGUCUGGGACUAGAAGGCUCAGAUUUUCAGUGCCGGGACACUCCCAUUCCUCAUCAAAGAAGGUCAAUUGAAUGCUGCACAGAACGGAAUGAAUGUAACAAAGAUCUACACCCUACACUGCCUCCACUGAAAAACAGAGAUUUUGUUGAUUCACCUGCACACCACAAAGCCUUACUUAUAUCUGUGACUGUUUGUAGUUUGCUCUUGGUUUUUAUCAUUUUAUUCUGUUACUUCAGGUAUAAAAGACAAGAAGCCAGACCUCGGUACAGCAUCGGGUUAGCACAGGAGACUUUCAUUCCUCCCGGAGAAUCCCUGAAAGACCUAAUUGAGCAGUCUCAGAGCUCAGGAAGUGGAUCAGGCCUCCCUCUGCUGGUCCAAAGGACUAUAGCUAAGCAGAUUCAGAUGGUGAAACAGAUUGGAAAAGGUCGCUAUGGGGAAGUUUGGAUGGGGAAGUGGCGUGGCGAAAAGGUAGCUGUGAAAGUGUUCUUCACCACCGAGGAAGCCAGCUGGUUCCGAGAGACAGAAAUAUACCAGACUGUCUUGAUGAGGCAUGAAAACAUUUUGGGAUUUAUUGCUGCAGAUAUCAAAGGGACAGGAUCCUGGACCCAGCUGUACCUGAUCACAGACUAUCAUGAAAAUGGCUCCCUCUAUGAUUACUUGAAGUCCACCACUCUAGAUAUUAAAUCGAUGCUGAAGUUAGCCUAUUCUUCUGUCAGUGGCUUAUGUCAUUUACACACCGAAAUCUUUAGUACUCAAGGCAAACCAGCAAUUGCCCAUCGAGAUCUGAAAAGUAAAAACAUCCUGGUGAAGAAAAAUGGAACUUGCUGUAUAGCUGACCUGGGCCUGGCUGUUAAAUUUAUUAGUGAUACCAAUGAGGUGGACAUCCCGCCCAACACUCGAGUUGGCACCAAACGCUACAUGCCCCCAGAAGUGCUGGAUGAGAGCUUGAACAGAAAUCACUUCCAGUCGUACAUCAUGGCUGACAUGUACAGUUUUGGGCUCAUCCUUUGGGAGGUGACUAGGAGAUGUGUAUCCGGGGGAGUAGUGGAAGAAUACCAGCUUCCCUACUAUGAUCUGGUGCCCAGUGAUCCCUCUUUUGAGGACAUGAGAGAGGUUGUGUGCAUCAAAAAGCUGCGUCCCUCGUUCCCCAGCCGGUGGAGUGGCGAUGAGUGUCUCCGGCAGAUGGGGAAGCUGAUGACGGAGUGCUGGGCGCACAACCCUGCCUCAAGACUGACGGCCCUGCGUGUUAAGAAAACACUUGCCAAAAUGUCGGAGUCCCAGGACAUUAAACUUUGAUCCGAGGGGUUGGGGGGCAUUACUGGAGAAAGUCAGAUCUUCUUCUCUUUGUGGGCAAAGCAAAAAAUGUUCCAGACACAUCCACAGUGCAAGCCUUGAACGCGGCCCUGCUUCCCAGCGGGUCCAGCCUCACCUCUCAGGGAGCAGCCUCCACGAAGAAGUUCCCAGAAACAAAUUUAUCGUGUCUGUAGGAGGUUGAAACUGCUUGGGUAACUUGUUCAAGAAAUGAUGCUUUUUGCUUUCUAAGAAAGCCCCAUAUUUUGAGAUUGCCCCCUCUUUACCCCCAAAAGAUGCUUUAAUUUUGCCAAAAUAUAACAAUUAAUUUAGGUGUUUUAAGGUUUAUACUAGUAUAGUUUAAAUAAUAACAAUGGAAGUUCUUGCCAGAAAUUCUGCUGGAAAGUAAAUUAAAAUAGUUUUUCCAUUGGUAAAAUGUUAUUGCACUCUACAAACCAAAAGACAGUCUGUGAAGUUGGAGAAUGCAGAGUGGAACUCUCUGGAAAGCCCCUGCCCCACCCCUCAGACCACUUUGGCCAGCCCACUCUGGGCGCCACCUCAGCAAUGUGAAUGCACCUGGGUACAAACACCACCUGUCUGGGACCACCUGUGGGGGUUCCUGCAGGUGGCCUUUUGCAGCUUCAGAGGAUAUGGAACAAAUGAAGAUUUUAUGUGAUUCUAGUAGAAGUAGUAAGUGUCAGUGUUCUUCUUCAGAGCCAUGUGGUGUUUCUGAUUCUGUUGGGUAUUUCUUUCAUGGUCGAGUCCCUUCCUUUUCAUUAAACACAAACAAAGCCUUUUUUUAAAAAUAAUGUGCAGAGAAUUGACCCAUGCAUGCUUUUGAUCUCUCAUCAAAAAGUUCAAUAUUAAAUAAAAUUGCCAUCAGUUGCGUUGAAGACCACACACUUUACAAUAGAGAUACUGGGCUCUUGUGUUGUAAGAAGACCAUGUCAGUAGGGAAGAGGGUGGGGGUACACAGGGCUCCUUUCUCAUAUACGCAGAAGAGCCCAUCUCAGAAGCACAAGGGGAAAGUUAUGCGCACCUUACUUUGUAUAGAUAAAACCAGUUUCUUUUCGUUAUUAUCUGUCUCUUUUGUGUCUGAGUUAAGAGAAGAAGAAGCCUAUGUCAGGUUAAUUUAACUAAAUUUUAAUUUAAAAAAAUAGAUACGUAUAACCUCCAAAUGGGACAGCAGAGGAGAGCUAGUGGAGGCCACAAAAGAGUAUGGCUGCUGUGACUUAUUUUGCUAGAAUAGACAUGGACUGAGUAUAUACAUUAUAGGUGAUCAUUUCACAUCUUAGGAAUACUGACUCUAUUUUAUUUUAUUUUCAUGCUGUUCAGUUCACUUUUUAAUUUAUUAAUUUUGUAUUCUCUGUGGCAACUGUGCAAAACAUCUCUUCACCUACCGGAUUCUGCCCGGUUUUCACUUUGAGCAACAGGAGUCCGAUCAUAGAUAGGGCCCAUGUUCCUGAGCAACAGGACCAUAAAGUCCAAAGUCGUAUGCAUCCCCCACACCUUUAUUCAUUUACAUGUCCUUACUAUGGCUUUCGUCUGCUGCUCAGAAAUUCUGUAAUUUAGUAAGGAAUUGGGAAGUGCUUUCCCCUCAGCCUCUUAAAAAAAGGACGUUUCUUCCAGACUACUCCAGGGGGCAGUGUUUUAUAACACAUUUCCACCACUUGCUGACUGAAGGAUGGAGAUUUUUUGAAAAUUUGACAGCUGCAUGAAAAAUGGGAAAAUGUUUUUCUCACUUCUGAAGUCGGCUUGCAGCUGGUGGCUUGUUCAUUGAUGAAACAUCCGAGAGCAAAGAGUGGCUGUGAGCGGUGCUGAUUCGGGGCGGGUGCUGAGAGGAAACACAGUGUUCUGUACGCAGCCCUCACUUUCCAAGGCUUCAGAGCCACAUUUUGUUUGUAACAAAGAUUUUUUGAUUCUUGAAUAUGAACAAAAUCUGUUUUUUAAAAAAAUUAGACACAGUUGGUUCCAAAUAUAAUUUUAAUCCAAAUAUUGCUUUUUUUUUUUGGUGAUACUGAAAUAACCUGACUGGCAAUGUGAUGAUGGUUGCUUUCUCUUGUGUCAAAUUGUGUUCUUUGUGAUAGCUUAGAAGGAAUGUGUGGCCUGAACUAGGUGUGAUACUCAUCUGAGCCAUGGAGAGAGACGCCAGUGCCUCCGGUCAGAUCGUCCACAGACAAACAAGUACACAUUUAUGCCAGUCGAGUGAGGACAUGUUUUGGUUUCCUGAUUUUUCCUAAAUGUUAAGUGAGGUUGGACUUAUUUUUUUAGACAAAAAUGUGUGUUCUUUUUGGUAAGUUUUUAUAUAUGAUAACUUCAAAUCAGAAUAUUUUGGGGGGAGGUGAUGAUUUGAAAGUUAACUAGUUUUCUAGGGAGGUGUUGGUUCUAAUGAAAAAUAGCAGGAAAUUUCUUCUAUAUUACUUGAUUAGUUGCUUUGCAAAAAUCAAUAGCUUCUUUUCUAUUUCUCAACCUGAUUUACUCACCAUGAACAUUUAAAAGUUAUUUCUGAGAUACUUCAAGACAUCUAUUUAGUUAUUACAGUCUUUCAGUGCAACAAGAAUUUAUUUAUGAAUAGAUGUUUCUGUCUUCCAAAAAUUCAGCUUAGAGAAUCCUAAAGUGUUCUUAAACAGACUACCUACUCACUUCCAAAUAAUUAUUUUUCAUUUUUAAAUUUCUAGUAGCUCAGAAGUGAAUUGUAUUUUAUUUUAUUUUAUUUCCUUUUUGUUUUACCUUUCUAUAUAAUAAGUGGGAACCUGGAAAUUAAUAAUGUAGUUGAUUUCUUACUGUAAGGACUAUUUCAAAGACUAAGAUUUCCUCCUAGUCACUCUCCCAGAGGUGUCCUCAGAUACUAGUUGCUAGCUAAUAUAAGUUUUGUAUGCUAAGAUGAUCAGGUUUAUAGUUUAUUAUGUGUGUAUAUUUUCUACAAAUAUAUAUGUAUAUAUAAAUAUUAUGUUCAAUUUGGAGUCUGGCACAACUCCAUUUUGUGGAUUAGAGAUUUAAAUAUUAUGGAUGAUAAAGCACUAAAUGAAACAUAAUAUUUAUUUAUGAAAGUUGUGUAGAUUGUUAACUCACAAGUAACAGUGCUAUGAACAUUGUAUGUGAGGAGACAGGCUUGGACCUCCUGGAAAGCACCGCUCGAAACUCACUAGUGACCAUUCUUUUUACUCUCAAAACAUGAAGCUGCUUAGAAAACAUGCUAAGACUUUAUUUACAGGGAAUUCCUUGCUUCACUUGUGUAGCCGGGUGUGGCAAGUACUAGAAACAACCGAAUUUCAUGUUUCUAGAGUCAUGCAUAUUCAUUAGAAGUUCCAGUGUUUUAUGUCAUUGGUCUGUCCUAGUUUUUCUCUGUAGGUGGAAAGGCACCGAAAGAAGUAUAGUUUUUAAACUUGAAUAGUUCUGUGGUUAUAACUCCUUAGAAAACUCAGUCAUGUAGCAGUGGAAAUGAACAAAAUGGCACCAAAAGUGUCAUUAUUUAGCAAUUAUGAUUUAGCGAUUAUGAUUGCUCUUAUAAAACAAAACAAAACAAAAAAAACAAUGCCAUAUUUUUUUGAGAAGAGUUGGCAAUAUAUAAAGGGUUUUGUUGUCUGUUUCAAAAGAAGACUGAUUUGUGUUCUUUUGGGGAACCAGUGCCUUAUUGAAUUUGUAUAUACUGUAAUUAUUCAGGACUAGGGAACAAACAAUUGUAUUGGUUACAAAUUGUUUAUGGCUUUGUUUGAACAUUCCCCCAAAUAAAAUGGUUUCAUUCUC